CUAAUGAAAAAACAUACUCCGCAAAAAUAUCAAAGAUCUCAAACAAUGUCUUCAGUUUUUGGAUCUGUCCCUAUCUUGGCCAUGGUGGUCAUACAACUCCUCCUUAUACGCAGUGUUUCGUCCCUGAAUCUUACCAAUGCGUAUCUGCACCACAAAUGCAUCAACACCGAAGGAAAAUAUAAGCAGGGGAGUGACUUUGAGAAAAAUCUCAACUUAGUCCUCAGUACCAUCACCUCAAUUGGCAAUUUUCGUGACGGUUUCCGUUACACUGAAGAAGGUGAGGAUCCCAAUAACGUCUUUGUCAUGUUCCAGUGCCGCGGCGACUCCUACUGGUCCAAGUGCCCCCCUUGCAUCAGCACUGCCGUCUCUGGGCUUCGUAGGAGAUGUCCAAGAAAUAAAGGAGCAAUAAUAUGGUAUGACCAAUGUCUUUUAAAGAUAUCUUCAGUCGGCUCCUUCAAUAAGAUAGAUUAUGAAAACGAUUUCUAUGUGUCCAACCCAAACAACAUGAGUGAUCGGGAGUUGUUCAACAAGGAGACGUCGGCUCUCCUGGAGAAGCUGGCAUAUAAAGCCUCCGAUAGAAACAACUUAGAUGGUAAACAAUUGGUGUUGUACGCAGCAGGGGAGAAGAGAAUUGGGACAAAUAAAGUGUAUGCAAUGGUGCAGUGUACGAAGAACUUAAUAUUUACAAAGUGCUUAGAGUGUUUGGAAGGGAUUUUGAGGAAGUUUCCAGAGUGUUGUGAUGGUAAACGAGGAGGGAGAGUUUUGGGUACGAGCUGUAACUUUAGUGAAGGAAAAUAUAAACCGGGAAGCAAGUACGAGUAUAUCCUUAACGAUCACAUCCGUUUUCUCGCAGCCCAAAAUUUUCGCUCAGGUUCCAUGCACAUGACAAGUGGUCUAAAACCCAAUGCUGUAACCAUCCUCUACCAGUGCCGCGGUGACUCCUAUAAGUCUAAGUGCCGCGCUUGCUAUGCUGCCGGCAUCUCCGGGCUUCGUAGGCGAUGUCCGAGAAACAAAGGUGGGAUAAUAUGGUUCGAUCAAUGUUUUGUCGAGAUUACUUCAGUCAGUGCCAUCGACUUCAACAUCUCGAAAAUCAAUUACGAGAACAAUUUCUCCUUGCACAAUCCAAACAAGGUAAGUGGCGAUAUAAAGUCAUUCAACAAGGAGACAGUGGCUCUCCUCGAAGAGCUGACGUUGAAAGCAAACAGUAAAGACAACAUGGACGAUGGCAAGAUGGCACUGUACGCAUCAGGGGAGAAGAGGGUCGGGACAAAGAAGGUGUACGCAAUGGUUCAGUGUAUGAGAGAUCUAGUUAGGCCUAAGAUGUGUAAGGAGUGUUUGGAAAGCAUUAUAAAGGAGUUUCCCAAGUGUUGCGACGGUAAACAAGGAGGAAGGAUUUUGGGUACGAGCUGUGAUUUUAGGUAUGAACUUUACCCUUUUCUAAGGACCUCAGAUUCAACAACUGUUGGAUGACGAUGCACAACACAUUCUCUUGACACCUUACUCAUUUUACUUCAGUUUUGUUUACUUUCAGUUCCGGUUUUUUGAUCUUUUUACUAUUUUUUUAUUUUUUGUUUCUCCUUCGAUUUCCCUAUAUGUUGGCUUAGAUCAUAGUGUACCUAUGAAUGUGAUCCCAAGCUGUGUUAUUCCUGACUCUUUAUUUGGUUAUUAAUUACAGCUGUUAAUUACCUAUGAAUAAGAAGCUCUAUUAUUC